UGACAACGAUUAUUCUGGUUCUCGUGUUUUAAAAAUCGAAAAACCCGAAAAGAAAAUAAACAAAGCUUUCAUAGUCAAUCGCAGUUCGCUGUUUGAUCGAUAUUAAUAGACUAAAGACUUCGAUUCACCUAAAACCAUUGUAAAGCCAAUAAAAUGUCGUAUACAAACUGGUUAAAAGACAUUCGCAAUGCAGAGAAAAGUUCCAUGAUUAGCGGCAGAGUUCGCAAGGUUUUCUACAAAUUCCUGGAUGGGCGUCAAAUGGCUGAAGAAUAUAGUCUGGACACAGGAGUUAUUCAGAAACGAGCAUGGAAGAAAUCAAAGACUCUGAUGGGUGAAUCUGAUUGGGAAAUUGAAGUUGGAGAAACGCCUAACCUCAAUCUCAAUACACAAAAUCCCGAAGAAGGUUUCACAGUCCGCCAGAGUGUAAGCGAACCGAUUCUCUCGAAGCGUGUGACCAAACAUAACAUCGAAUGGAGAAUUAGAAACUUGCCUUAUUCCAUUGAUACGUAUCAAGUCACAGCGGACAAAGAAAAGAGGGCCAUUGUCGUACGAACAACGAACAAAAAAUACUACAAAUCUAUUAAUGUCCCCGAACUGGAGAGAUGCAGUCUGCUUCCGGAACAAGACAACAUCUCAAUCCACCACCAGUACAACACUUUGAUAAUAACCUAUAAGAAGCCUGCGCUCCUCUGUGAAAUGGAGGCAGAGGUUCUACUGGUUCUAAAAGAUGUCGAGACUGAGACUGACAUGGAAGAAAUGUUGCAAGGACUUUUGGCAAAAUAGAAAUAAAACGCAUUUUAAAAAACUA